AUGCCUCUUGGUGGAACAGUGUUCUGGAUUGAGGGCAUGGGUCAGUGUCCCAGUUUCCCCCCAGGAAACCACAUUGGGAUAAAAAUGAACUGCCUCGAUGAAGUUUCCUUCAAGGUCCCCAUGGGGUCUCUGGAGGGGACUCUGGAGGAGGUGGAGCUUGUCACUGCGCCAGAGCUCUGCUUACCCGACUACCUUCAGAUACUGCGGGAGACGAAGUAUGAGUUCAGCAUUGAGAAAUGGGUGCUGAGAGGACUACAGAGGAGUUACCCCAGCGCUCCACAAAUGCCACUGCCUCACUCCCGCUCUGAAGUGGUGGCGUCCUGUCCCCCAUACUGGCUGAUGUUCAGCAGUCCCCAGGAGAGCCGGCUGGCCAGACGCAGGAGCAGCGACCUCUGGGAGCCCACGCUCCGCCAGAGGAGCCGCAGCCUCAACGCCGCAGACCUGCGCUACAUGCACCCCAGGGUCAAGUUCCUCAUUUCAGACUCGGAAGGGGACGAAGGCUACUCCGAGGAUGACGAGGGCUCGUCCACCGAGGAGGACAAAUCGACCAUCCAUGAAGACGCAGAGCGGCCGCCCAGCUCUGCACUCAGACGCCAGUUCCACGGCCUCAAAGACCUGGGGCCUUCCUCUCGAAACCUGAACCCUCCAUCCCUGCGAAACGUGGCCCACCUGAGGAAAAGCUCCUCUUCCUCCCUCCACGAAUUCCGCAAAAACUCACUGGAAAGGCCCAGGACGAGCAGCCCCCAGCGCCAAGGCCAGAGGCGCCCGACAAGGAGGCUGCAUUCGCUGUCCCGCUCAAGCCGCCAGCACUCCCUCAGCCCCCAGCCGCCAUCUUCAUCCCCCCCCUGCCACUUACAGCCCAGGCCUGCCACCGCCGGACACAUCCCCUCCAUCAAGAGCCACAAGCCCACCACACCGUCUCUUAGCCCAUACUCCUGCCUGCCACCCCCUCCCUCGGCGCCUCAUCCCCUUGGCUCCCACACAUCCGCCCCGGACUCCUCGGUGGAGCUGCUGUCGGCCCUGAGCCAAGAGGAGCAGGAGCUGCUGGAAGCCGUUACGAAGAAGGGCUACCCGCUGCGCACCGCCAUCAUCGCCCUGCAGAAGACCGGCCGGCAGAGCCCAGAGCAGGUCUGA